AUGGCUGUAAUUGAAAUCUUAGGUGCUAAUGAGGACCAAUUUGACACCAUAGAUUUAUUUGACAAUGAGAUUGUCAAACUAGAAAAUGUGCCAUAUCUUAGCCGGUUGGAGUUGUUGCGAAAAUUACACACACUAGUUCUCACGGAUAACAUAAUUGUAAACUUGGUAGAAAUUGAACCUUUAGCAUCCCUUCCAAAGCUGCAGUUUCUCAGUCUGCUAGACAACAAUAAUACAAAGAAAGCAAAUUACAGGCUUUAUGUUAUUAACAAGCUGAAAUCCCUCUGGGUUUUAGAUUUCAAGAAAGUGAAAAAUAAG